GCGGGCGCCGCGCGCUGACUCGGUCCGCGGUCGCCGCCGCUCCCGUGUGACCCGCGCGGCCGGGGCCGCCCCCCCCCCGCCCCGCCAUGGCCGGCCGCGGCUCCUUCCCGCUCAGCCCGCUGCCCCCCGCCGCCGCCCCGCCGCCCCCGGGGCCCGGCCCCGCCAUCAUGCGCGGCCCCAGCCCGGUUCCUGCCGCCGCCGCUGCCGCCGCCGCGCCGGGAUACCGCCCCAUGGGCCCCGCCGCCGCGCAGUACCAGCGCCCCGGGAUGCCGCCCGGCAGCAGGAUGCCCAUGGCAGGGCUGCAGGUGGGACCACCAGGAGCCCCCCCAUAUGGAGCAGCCUCCCCGAUGAGACCCGGCCUGCCACAGUCCAUGAUGGAUCCCUUCAGGAAGCGCCUGCUGACCCCCCAGGCACAGCCCCCACUGGCCACCCAGAGGAGAGGGGUGAAGAGGAGGAAGAUGGCUGACAAGGUGCUGCCACAGCGGAUCCGGGAGCUGGUCCCAGAAUCCCAGGCCUACAUGGACCUCCUCGCCUUCGAGCGCAAGCUGGACCAAACCAUCGCUCGGAAGAGGAUGGAGAUUCAGGAGGCCAUUAAGAAGCCGCUGACGCAAAAGCGGAAGCUGAGGAUUUACAUCUCCAACACUUUCACCCCGGCCAAAGAAGAAGGGGAAGGUGGGGAGCGUGUGGCCUCCUGGGAGCUGCGUGUGGAGGGCAAACUGCUGGAGGAUCCGAGCAAGCAGAAGAGGAAGUUCUCCUCCUUUUUCAAGAGCCUCGUCAUAGAGCUGGACAAAGAGCUGUAUGGGCCAGACAACCAUCUAGUGGAGUGGCACCGGCUGCCCACAACCCAGGAGACCGACGGCUUCCAAGUGAAGCGUCCUGGCGAUGUCAAUGUGAAAUGCACUCUGCUGCUCAUGCUGGAUCACCAGCCUCCACAGUACAAACUGGACCCUCGCCUGGCUCGCCUGCUCGGGGUGCACACCCAGACCCGUGCCAGCAUCAUGCAGGCGCUCUGGCUCUACAUCAAGCACAACAAGCUGCAGGACAGCCACGAGAAGGAGUACAUCAACUGCAACCGCUACUUCCGCCAGAUCUUCAACUGCAUCCGCAUGCGCUUCUCUGAGAUCCCCAUGAAGCUGGCGGGGCUCCUGCAGCACCCAGAUCCCAUCAUCAUCAACCACACCAUCAGCGUGGACCCCAAUGACCAGAAGAAGACAGCGUGCUACGACAUUGACGUGGAGGUGGAUGAUCCCCUGAAGGCUCAGAUGAGCAACUUCCUGGCUUCCACCACCAACCAGCAGGAGAUCGCCUCGCUGGAUGCCAAGAUCCAUGAGACCAUCGAAUCCAUCAACCAGCUGAAGACGCAGCGCGAUUUCAUGCUGAGCUUCAGCAACAACCCCCAGGAUUUCAUCCAGGAAUGGAUCAAAUCCCAGAGGAGGGACCUCAAGAUCAUAACGGAUGUGAUCGGGAACCCCGAGGAGGAGCGGCGAGCCGAGUUCUACCAGCAGCCCUGGGCGCAGGAGGCUGUGGGCAGACACAUCUUUGCCAAGGUCCAGCAGCGUCGGCAGGAACUGGAACAAGUGCUCGGGAUCCGCCUCACCUAAAGGGGCCGGGCAGGGGCUCGGGAGCUCCUUCUCCUCCCGCUGCUGCCUGAGCCUGAUGGUACUUACUGGAAUCAAACAGCACUUGCACAAACCCGACGUGCCUGGAGGGACUCGGAGCCACCCCUGGGCUCCCCUCGGGAAGCUCUGGCCCCAGGCAGAGCACAGCAGAGGCUCCCCCGGUUCCCCCCUUCCCAGUCCCGCUGCAGCCCUUGUGCUGCGCUACCGCCUCCCGCUUCUCCGCCUCCCGCCCCUGCCCUCCGCCCCCAUCGCAGCCGUCCCAGGUCCUCGCUCCCUUCCUCCAGCCACAAUCCCUCCGGGAGCUGCUGCCCAGCAGGGACAAGCUGCCCGUGUGCGACAGGAGGUGCCUCCUGCUCUCCCUGAGCCCAGCUGCCACCAGGGCAGGCGCAGCCCUGCCCCUCUGCAACCAAAGUCGUGUCAUUCCAAAACGCCAGCCCCCCCCCCCCCCCCCCCCUCCCCCCGACGUUUUGCACUAUUUUUUGUGAGCAGGUUUUAUAUAAAAAAAAAAUAAUAGAUAAAAAAAAAAAAAGCGUUUUUGUACAGUGGGUUUGUAUUUGAGUAAUAUAUUGAGUUCCUCUUCCUGCACCCAUGGCCUCAAUCGAUGCAGUGGGGGGGGGGGGGGGCUCAAAGGGCUGGCUCGGCCCCAAACUGCUCUUUUUUUAGAUAGAAAAAAGGUUUUUUAGGGGGAAGUUUUUGACAAUCAGUUGAUUUAUUGAAUGAGUGACGUGUCCCAGGUGAUCCCACGCCUGGGGGGGGGCAGAGGGGGUGGCUCUGCCCUCAGCAGCCAGUGGGAGCACCAGGGCUAUGGAGGGAACUGGAGAUGCUGGGGACUGAGGGGACCAAGUGGGGCGGAGGCGACGGUGCCACCAAAGUGCCUUAACCUGCCCCCCCCCCCUGCCCGGGCUGGGGCGGCUCUGCCUGCUCCGGGGGGGUGCAGGCAGAGGGGAGGGGGGUUUACACGGCUCAGGGGUGCCUGCUCUGCCUCUUGUAUAACCAGUUUUUGUCUAUUUUGGAUGUUUUCUAAUAAAAGCAGUUAGCAGCA